CUAGAAUGUUGUCGUAGAAGUUUUAGAAACUACAGAAUUAAUCAAAUUAUAUCGAAUUAAAUCGAUUUUAUCUGUUUUAAAGAUCCGCAGAUACCGAAGAUCGACAUGAAUAAUCCAGAUGUUCACCUGCAGUUCCAGGAUUUUGAGGAUGAUGGAGGUGAGAUGAAGAGCGAUGGAGCGGCGGUCAGGAUGGAUGACCCGCUCUUCGGUCAGAUACAGCGCAGAUCUGCAGGAGCUUCAUCGGUGGAGGAGGACGAUGAUCAGACGGAGCAGCUUCUCAGAGGAGAGAAGAAAAGUUCAGCGUUCUGGACUCUGGAGUACUAUCAGACGUUCUUCGACGUGGACACUCAACAGGUGGUGAGCAGGAUUAUCGGCUCCGCUUUGCCGUGGCGCGCCAAACACUUUGUUCGCCUCUGCGUCCGGAACAACCCGGACCUUUACGGACCGUUCUGGAUCUGUGCCACGCUGGUGUUCGCGAUCACCGUGAGUGGGAACAUCUCCGGUUUCCUCAAACACUACGGAGAGCCCAAGUACAAAUACGUUCCCGAGUUCAGCAAAGUGACCGUGGCGGCUACGGCGAUCUACAGCUACGCCAGCCUGGUUCCGCUGGCGCUGUGGGCGUUCCUCUCGUGGAGGCGCAGGGGGGUCUCUGAGGGCGUGUCCUUCUCCUUCCUGCAGAUCGUCUGUGUUUACGGAUACUCGCUGUCCGUCUACGUUCCUGCUGCGGUACUGUGCGUGGUCCCGAGCGAGGUUCUGAGGUGGAGUUUGAUAGUCCUGGCUCUGUGCCUCUCUGGGUCGGUUCUGGUUCUGACGUUCUGGCCGGUGAUCAGAGACGAUCGGCCGCGAGUGGCCGCCGUGGUUCUCUCAGCUCUGCUCGCGCUUCACGUGCUGCUCACCGUGGGCUGUAAGGUGUAUUUUUUCAGCACCCAUAAAGCUGUGAGUCUGGAACACGCUGAUGCACCAGUGACCACGCCCAAAUCUUUAACCACCAUAAAAUCCCACUGAUCUCCAGCACAGUUUCAGCGUAUCCUGUUCCCCUCUCAUCCUGAGGGGAUCAUCAAGUUUCCUCAGCACCGGGUCGGAGCGGACGGCAAGACGUCCGGAGACGCGCCGGGACUUUAUUUACAUGUGAAGUUACUGAUACUAUACUGUAGUUACGGUGGUGAAAAUGAGGUGAAAAUUAUCCACGUCUCAGCUGAUCUGCCAAAUUUCUUCUUAUUUUAUAUAAAACUAUCGGGUUUGUGAGAUUUUUCUGGUUUUUAAUCUGUUUCUUUGUCUCUGUAUUUAAUGAACGAGUGAUUUAAGUAAACAAGGACAGAAUCUGAUUGAUUUGAAGCAUCAGUGUAAAGCAUCUGUGGUUCUGAUGUAAAAACUACAACAGUAAGAGUGAGAGACCAAAAAUGAGCGGGUGGGUCACUGAUUGGCUGAGUAAAAUAUAUAUAUUUUAACCACUACAGUGAAAAUUCUACCUAAAACUAGAAAUAAAGCUUUAAAACUUGUUCAAUGUUCAGAAGUUGAAUCAAGCUGCGCCCAGGUGAUGCAGCAGGAAAUUCCGCUCUUGCACCAGCGGGCAUAAUUGGCAAUGCCUGCAGGGAGGGAUGACCGGACUAUGUGGGUGGGGUCUUCAAACGCUGUGUAAGGACCCUGAUUAGCAGAUAGAGGCGCAUGUGCAGAGUGCAUGGGUGGAAAAGGGUUCCACUAAGGGCUGCACGUGGGUCGGAGGAGGCGUGAGCACCAAUAUACCCUCCUCACCUACAAUCAGGGAUCCACCAGCAGCGGAAGACAAACUGACUACACUAAAUCGGGAGAAGAACGCAUAAAAUAUUAAAAAGAAGUUCAAUCAACACAUCACAUGAAAUGUGAAACUGAAAUGUGAUUAUGGGAUGUUUUUGCUUUUUGGUUUUAUUUUCAGUGUGUUUAAUGCGGAGGGUGGAUUAUUAUUAUUAUUGUUAUUAUUAGUAGUAGUUCUGGGCUCAUUAGAAAUAUUUAAUAGUGUAAAUAAUGAUGCUGUGGAAAUAAUUUCUAUUCUUUUGGAGAGAUUAUUCCUCUUAUGGAGAUGAGAUGAAAUAAAGUGAGAUGGGGUGAGAUAAAAUGAGAUUAAUUGAGAUUAGGUGAGACAAAUUAAAAUGAGCUGAGAUGAGAUGAAGGUAUCACACUUCACGUUACACUUUCUGUAAGACUUGGUAAUAAACUGGAUGUAAAAACGA